AUGGGCAUCUUUGGAAAGCGUCGCGAGGCGGCCGCCGUCCCUGCCAACGGCCAUGCCAACGGCCACCACAACGGAACCUCCAGCAAGCGUCACGCAGCCGAACCCUACACCAUGUCUCGUCGUCCCAGCUUCGGACAGUGGCUCAAGGGGACGCUGCUCGACAUCAUCACCAUGGUCUGCAUGGGCGCAAUUGGCCUGGGCAUUUACAUGGCCCCUCCCGCUCCCAACCGCUCCUUCGCCGUCACCUUUGCCGACGGUGAGGUCGUUUACCCGCAGUUCGCCUACCCGAUGCGCAACGAGAUCAUCCCCAUCUGGCUGGCCGCCUUCCUCGCCUCCGUCAUCCCCAUUUGCAUCAUCCUGCUCAUGCAGAUCCGCAUCCGCUCCUUCUGGGACGUCAACAACGCCGUCAUCGGCCUGCUCUACUCGCUCAUCUGCGCCGCCGUCUUCCAGGUCUUUAUCAAGUUCCUCAUCGGCGGCCUGCGCCCGCAUUUCCUCGAGGCCUGCCAGCCCGACCUGUCGCGCGUCACGGCCAGCCAGGGCGGCAUCGCCCGCACCGGCUACAGCGCCGCCGGCUUCCAGUCGCUCUACGUUACCAAGGAGGUGUGCACCGGCGACACCAAGGAGAUCAACGACUCGCUCGAGAGCUUCCCCAGCGGCCACACCACGGCCGCCUUUGCUGGCCUCGGUUACCUGUUCCUUUACCUCAACGCAAAGUUCAAGGUCUUUUCCGACUACCACCCGGCCAUGUGGAAGCUCAUCAUCACCUACAUCCCCAUCCUCGGCGCCGUGCUCAUCGGCGGCGCUCUCACCAUCGACGAGUUCCACAACUGGUACGACAUCUUUGCAGGCGCCGCUAUUGGCAUCGUCUUCGCCUUCUCCUCGUACCGCAUGACGUACGCCGCAAUCUGGGACUUCCGCUUCAACCACAUCCCCCUCAACCGCGGCCAGGCCUUUACCUACGGCGCUGACGCCGAGCUGUACGACGCCGUCUUCACCCGCAAGGCCGGCUGGGGCAAGCGCGGCGCCGGCGGUCUGGUGCACGGCCACGAGAAGCACCACGGCCUCGGAGGCUCAGGCCACGGCGGUCACGGUAACGGGCACGGCGCCGCCACGGGCAUGCACGGCGCUGGCACGACGGGCGCUGCAGGCGUCAACGACUACGGCGAGCCUGUUGGCUCCCGCAAGCCCAUCGGCUCGGGAUCGCGCCACCCUGACGCAAUGGUCUAA